AUGGCGUCAAAAGGGACUGGAGAAGACAAUUAUGAAGGCAAACAAAAAAGUAUCAUCAAACGCUCAUUUGCAGUCGCGGAAGCACUAAGUCAAGCCACUGAAAAGAAUGCCUCGGCCUUUAUGAAUAGAAUAACACAACGAGUCCCGAAUGAAGGUAGGAGUUCUCAAACAAACUCUCUGGAGCUUCAGUUUGGUGCACUUAGUCCGACCUUGAUUGAUAUAGCGGCCAUUAUAGGCCUGCCGCCACAUGGACAAGUGGUGGACAUUGUAUUUGCAGAAGGAAAGUUUGACAUUGAUCUUGGUGGUGAGCUAAGAGAUCGAAGUAAGGGCAGACCAGCCGUUGCCAAUUAUAAUACAUGGAUUGAGGUGUUUAACAGCGACUUGGGAAAUAAGUCACUUGAUAGUAUUGGCAGUCCAGAAGAGAAAGAGGAAAGCCAGCAGGAGACAAUGGAAGUAACUCCUGUUGAGCAUGCUGCGUUUCUUGCCUUUUGGAUAUGUAAGUACUUAGUGUGCACAACUUCUAAAAAAGUGAAUGUGGAGUACUACAAGUUGGUUGAAGCAUUAGCAAGUAAAGAAGUACAAGAGAGCGAUCAGCCAUUAGCUCUUGGUCCAUAUGUGCUUGCCCACUUAUACAGAUGUCUUCACCAUUGUGUGACCGAAGGACUGAAUCCAAAUUGGUCUGGGCCAUUGUGGAUUUUUCAGUUGUGGCUGCACACUUACUUUCCCUCUUUCAGACAGCCGGGUUUAGCAUUGGCCGUAGACACCACUCUUGGACAACAAUUGGCUCCUCUUGAUUUACUUCCUCAUUCGGCAGAAGAGUGUUUUGAGGUGUUGUUCAAGUGUCCAGAGUUUUCUGCAGAACAGUUUGCCGUUUGUUUCAGUAGGAAGUAUCCAUCCUACCUUGCAAUGGAUAUCAGCCAACACGCCUCAGAAAGUGAGACGAGAUGGGAGACUGCGUGUUCAGCUUGGAAGAGUGCAAUAGGUAUGAGGGAUCUCUUCUGGGGUGCCUUGUCUGGUAAAACACUCAAGUGUGGAGUGGAGUUAUAUUCACCAUCCUAUUUCAGUCGUCAGUUGGGAUAUUAUCAAGCUAUACCGGCUCCAGUGCCAGAAUCGUCAAACCGAUAUAGUUCAUUGUGAGCCGUUUUCUCCAACAAGGACGACAUUGAGCAGAAUAACAAGGCGUUUUUGUACAA